UUUUUAGGUAGCAAUAUGUUGAGACAAUUCAAAUUCAUACUACAGCGUCGUCCACACAGAGUGACAUCAAUGACGAUACCCAGUGGAUCACAACACACAGUUGAAGGAAUUUGGAAAACCUACUGUACGGCUAAUAAGAAAUCGUCUCAUUUGGAAGAUGAAGAUAAUCAAGAACGGAACAAACAAAACGAUGAUAAACACAAUCAACAGCAGCAGCAAAGAAAAAGAACACCUCCCAGAACUUUUGUGCCGGCAGUGAAAAAUCCAUUUGCUGCCGCUUCCGAGAAAACAAAAGGUGUUUAUUUAAGCAUGGUUAGUAUAUUCGCCGAACGUGAUGUUCAUCGACGCAAUCACGUCGAAUUCAUAUACGCCGCAAUGAAGCACAUGUCGGAAUUUGGCGUUGAACACGAUUUGGAGGUUUACAAGGCCUUAAUAAAUGUCAUGCCUAAGGGCAAAAUGAUACCGAAAAAUAUUUUCCAAGCGGAAUUUAUGCAUUAUCCAAAACAACAACAGUGUAUUAUAGAUUUACUCGAACAAAUGGAAGACUUGGGUGUUAUGCCCGAUUACGAAAUGGAAGCAAUGUUAUUGAAUAUUUUCGGGCGACAAGGUCAUCCAUUACGCAAGUACUGGCGCAUGAUGUAUUGGAUGCCAAAAUUUAAAAACUUAUCUCCAUGGCCUUUGCCAAAUCCCGUGCCCGAUGAUACUCUUACAGUUGCAAAAUUGGCUGUGGAACGUAUGUGUACCGUUGAUAGUCGCUCACAGAUUUCCAUAUUUAAUACAAAAGAUGUGAAAGAUGCUUUGGAUGAAACCUGGAUUGUUAGCGGUAUGAGUUCUGAUCAAGCUCAACUGUUAAAAGAGCACCCUCGCAAUAAGGCUCUAUAUAUAGAAGGUCCAUUCUUAAUUUGGCUAAGAAAUAGAUCGAUAAAUUAUUUUACCUUAAGAGCCGAUCCAGAUGUAGAUUUUUUAAAAAGUCUAAGCAAUCAAGAGGAUGAUGAAGAUGACGUAACAAGCAUAAAAGUGCCAUUGUUUGGAGGACCUACCAUCAAAAAACAAUAUCAAGUUGGUAAAGUUCGUUCAGUACAUCAACAAGAUGAUGGUACCAUUUUUGCCAUAUGUGCAACUGGAACAUCAACUAAAGAUUCCCUUCUAUCCUGGGUACGUUUACUGGAAGUUAAUGGCAAUCCAUCAUUAGGUGAGAUACCAGUCCUGUUUCGCUUUCAUUCGAAAGUUGGAGAAAAAGCCAUACAAAUUGAAGGCCAAACUGAGGAAAGCAAUGUACCGAGUGAAGAUAGCAGAACUAGUUAUACUCAAGACACAAAAAGAUAGCAAAUUGUUUUAAAGCGAUAAAUUUAAAUAAAAAACAUUGUUAAAGAUUA